CGAGCCCUUGAGAAGCCGAUCUAGGUUGGCGGUAGGGCUGCUCUUCCACUUCGCCGGUGGCAGCCAUGUUGGGGUUCGCGACUCGCCGCUGCGCCUCUUCGGCCUCUUUUUUGCUGAGGGGGGCGCGGGGCGCUUCGAGUCCCCUCCAGGACCUGCUGCAGCUUCGGGGCGGGGCGGUUGCCGCUGCCGCCGAGGCCCGCCGGAGCUAUGCUGCACAAACAUCUCCUGCAGCUAAAGCUGGAGUUGCCACUGGACAUAUUGUGGCAGUCAUUGGUGCUGUGGUUGAUGUCCAGUUCGAUGAGGCCCUGCCACCAAUCCUCAAUGCCCUUGAGGUACAAGGCAGAGAUACACGCUUGGUGCUAGAAGUGGCUCAGCAUUUAGGUGAGAAUACUGUUCGUACCAUUGCUAUGGAUGGUACUGAAGGUUUGGUGAGAGGCCAAAAGGUUUUGGAUUCUGGAGCACCAAUCAGAAUUCCCGUAGGACCUGAGACCCUUGGCAGAAUCAUGAAUGUGAUUGGAGAGCCAAUUGAUGAAAGAGGUCCAAUAAAGACCAAACAGUUUGCUGCUAUUCAUGCCGAAGCACCUGAGUUUGUGGAAAUGAGCGUUGAACAGGAAAUCCUUGUGACUGGCAUUAAAGUUGUAGACCUUCUUGCCCCAUAUGCAAAGGGUGGUAAAAUUGGUCUGUUCGGUGGUGCUGGUGUAGGCAAGACUGUAUUGAUCAUGGAGCUGAUCAACAAUGUUGCCAAAGCUCACGGUGGCUACUCAGUAUUUGCUGGUGUUGGAGAAAGAACCCGUGAAGGGAAUGAUUUGUACCAUGAAAUGAUAGAGUCUGGUGUCAUCAACUUGAAGGAUACCACAUCCAAGGUUGCUCUCGUUUAUGGGCAGAUGAAUGAGCCACCUGGUGCUCGUGCCAGAGUUGCUUUGACAGGCUUGACUGUUGCUGAAUAUUUCAGAGACCAGGAGGGUCAAGAUGUACUGCUCUUCAUUGAUAACAUCUUCCGUUUCACACAGGCUGGAUCUGAAGUAUCUGCCUUGCUGGGUAGAAUCCCCUCGGCUGUGGGUUACCAACCUACUUUGGCUACUGAUAUGGGUACCAUGCAGGAGAGGAUCACAACAACGAGAAAAGGGUCUAUCACCUCUGUGCAGGCCAUCUAUGUACCAGCUGAUGACUUGACAGAUCCAGCUCCUGCAACCACAUUUGCCCACUUGGAUGCUACCACUGUGCUGUCUCGUGCCAUUUCGGAGCUGGGCAUUUACCCAGCUGUAGAUCCUUUGGACUCUACUUCACGUAUCAUGGAUCCUAAUAUUGUGGGACAAGAGCAUUAUGAUGUGGCCCGUGGGGUACAAAAGAUCUUGCAGGACUACAAGUCCCUCCAAGACAUUAUCGCUAUUUUGGGUAUGGAUGAAUUAUCUGAAGAGGAUAAACUGACAGUGGCACGUGCCCGUAAGAUCCAGAAAUUUUUGUCCCAGCCCUUCCAGGUAGCUGAGGUUUUUACUGGUCAUGCAGGCAAGCUGGUGCCUCUGAAAGAAACAAUCAAAGGAUUCCAACAGAUUCUGACAGGAGAAUAUGACCACCUCCCAGAACAGGCUUUCUAUAUGGUGGGGCCCAUUGAGGAAGCCGUGGCCAAGGCUGAUAAGUUAGCUGAAGAAUACUCAUGAGUUUACCUUUUAGGCAAAUCUUGUAUGCCUUCAAAUGUCCAGUGGUUCACUUUGUCCCACCUCGCAAUUCUUGAAAUUUCUUGAAAAUAUUUAAGUUUCCAAUAAACCAUCUGGUGCGAUUAUAGAAGUAGUUAAUGGUACUGUUGUAGCAGGAAGAGAAGCUAUAACUUUGAAGCAGACCAAAUUAUUUGAUUCUGGUUUCACUGACCAAGAGUAAGGCAUUCUCGCUGACCAUAUUGGAAAGCAAUGUUGUACUUCUUAAUUCCAAUGUGGUGAUUGCCCAGAAUAUUCCACAAAGAGAAUUGAUGUGAACUGGAUUGAUGCAGAAAAUCCUUCUAAUACUGUAAUGUUCAUUAAGUGCUGGCACUUACUGAUUCCUUCCUCUUCUUCAUUUGCCAAAUAAGGCAAAUUAGUAAAUUAAUAUGCUGGCCUACAGCCAGCCAUUCAUGCAGGCUCAAGAUUCCUUGGACAGCAGUCCAGAAAUGCAUCUGAAAAUUCUAGAUAGUGUGCAUUUUAAAUUUUGAUUUCCCAGAAAAGGCAUGUUUGCUAUGAAUUCCAAAACUCUUGUUCAGUUUUCUGUAGGUAGCUUCACCCAGGGUUGGUCAAAUAAGUACCAUGUUCUGUAAUGCAACUGAAUGGAUACAACAUUUGAAGGUUGGAAUGGAAAGAUUUUGGCUGCAUAAGUCUUUGAAAAGACUAUUAUUGAAAGAAUGCUCAGAUGUUGCUAAAUCUUAAUCCUAAAACAGAAUCUAAAGACACUCAAAAGCCCUCUUUGUUUCCAUAACUUUGUACCAAGCCACAACACUGCCUAUUUGGUUUUGGUUUAAUGUAUUGUGUGAUUCCCAGUUCAAUAAUAUAUAUGUAAGGUGAACAAAACUACAUAAACCUAAAAAGAAAGAUCCCACUGAUACCUGAUGCAACAAGAUGUUUAAAAGAGA